GUUUUAUAUAAACCACUGCCUGCCACCUGAGAGAGUCUGCACACGACACACAACACAUGAACAGCUCACCUCCAAUCGAGCCAAUAUGGAUCCGCCGAACGCACAAUCCGACACUCAAGAGCACAAGACUUACGACUUUUUCGGCCUUCCGCGCGAGAUGCGUGACAUGGUCUACAACGACCUCUUCAACCACAAGACAGAAAUCGCCCCUCUGUCGCAUGACAAUCCUAUCGAAGCGGUCCUCGAAGGCUGUAUCAAACCCUAUCUUCUACGCAUCAGCAAAGCAUUUUCCGAAGAAUAUCUAGACACACGCAGACGGCUCGGUUCAAACUUAAUGCUAACAUAUCCAGGCCAUCGACCUUUUCGCUCCCUACAGCCUCCGAGCGAAAUUCAGCAUCUUCGAAAUAUACAAAAAAUCACCAUCAACAUUGUGUUGAACUACUUACCAAACCCGAACGAUUCUUAUCCCAUCAGCGAACACAUUACCUACGAGGAAAACCUGAAGAACUGCAAAUGGAUCAAAAGAGUCGUCGAGACAACCGAUUGUUCGAACCUUAAAGAAAGUCAGAUCUUCGUCUACGCAAGGCGAGGGUUUAACACAAAGGACUCCGUAGGGCGUAGAAUCAUGGAGGAGACAUUAGGAACCCUGAGAUCGGCUGGCUUACCAGGUCUGAAUUGCAUUCGUGUCAAGCGACUUAAAGCUGUGUCCCGUCCUUGGCCACUUCCAGAUAACCUGGAAGAGUACGGGGUUUGGGAAUUGGAAAAUGGUUGGACGUGGAAUUGAAUUUCAUUCGAUCUAGUGAUUUUUGUAUGUUGAACGG